CUGUAGAGAGCAAGGACUUCGCCGUAAAAUGUGCCUAUUGGGCUUGCAGGGAGCCAGAAUUUUCCAUCAUUCAUUGUGGUACGGCGAGCUCUGCGUUUGUUUAAUUUGGACGAAUUUGUGCGGGGUUUAAUCACAUAUCCUAAAGCAUGUGUAUUAUACUGGAUUUCGUUAUUGGUUAAUUAAUCUUUGACCACUCAAGCAUCACACUAACCAGAACGUGUUGUUCGGCGGUCGAGGAACGCGUCGAAAAGCGUGGAACAGUCCGGUUCGGAAAUGGAGCGACAUUUUUUGAUUAUUUUUGCCCUUUCUGGUCUCUUGGUUUAUGCAUUAGACUGCCCUGACAAUAUGUACCAGAGCGGCUCGCUCUGUUGCAAGUACUGUCCGGUAGGAAAAUAUAUGACAAAGACCUGCAACGUGAGCAAAGGAAAUUCUUUUUGUGAAUCAUGCCCGAGUGAAACGUUCAUGGAUAAGCAGAACAACAACAGCAAGUGUAAGCAGUGUCAGAAAUGCCCACCGUCCCAGACGGCCACACGGCAUUGCAAGCCAAUUCACAAUAGGGAAUGUGGAUGCCCCCCCGGAACGUACCACGAUAAAGAAGUCUUGAUUUGCUUAGAAUGUCUGAAAUGUAACGUAGGCUACGGGGCGGUGUCACCCUGCACAAAUAUAAGUAACACGGAAUGUCAGCCCUGUCGGGAGGGAACAUUUUCUGAUCGCGUCAGUCACGAACAGGAAUGUUUGAAUUGCUCACAGUGUGAUCCAGGCGCAGUGAUUAAGGAAGAAUGCACAGCAACAAGGGACACAAUCUGCCAGAGAGCGAACAAUUCACGGAUUUCUACUGUUUCCCAAGUUGUCACUUCGGUCUCUCGAGCGCCUUCGGCACCAACCAAUGCUGGACGUUCAUUAAGCCCCGUAGAGAAAGUAACAUCUAACUCCAUAAGGUAUAUCAUUGGCAUCGUUGUCACUGUAGUGCUCCUCGUUAUAAUUGUUGUGGCUAUUUACUGUUGCUGGAGGAAACAAAAUCGGCAUGAAGGAAACCAGGCUCAUAACCCUCAAGAAAUGGAGGAAGCGAAGUAUGACUUUGUGCCGCCGACUUCAUCGGAGACACCAGCUCACGCGCGAUCCUCGUACGGACUUCGAGGAAGGCGGACGGUCUACUCCACGAGACCAAAUAGUCAUCAACGAGAUUCUGACUCUCAGGGCAGUAGUGGCUCGUUACAGGGCGUCAGCGUAAGCAACGGCAAA